AUGCAGUUCGCAUUGCCUCCGCGGCGAAGUCCUGCGCCUCCCUACGCUCAUUCCUCGCGUUUCCCACGAUAUCGCAGGAAGCAGCUCAAAACAGCGGCUGUUUUUGCCAUCGCAGUACUCAUAAUCCUCUACCUGCUGUCACAUCUUUCCUCCUCGAGCUCUCCAUUUGUGGUUGCGCCGGCCGGUACGGCAAGUGUGGUGAUCGUCACGGUGAUCGACCACGAAGAGUUGAGCGAGAGCUACAUCAAGAAAAUCGUGGAAAACAGAGAGGACUAUGCCAAGCGACAUGGCUACGCCAACUUCUUCACCAGCACAUCCGACUACGCCGACGCAAUAAACGACGCCCCCCAUACAUGGGCCGUCGUGCCGGCCCUCCGCCACGCAAUGGCGACAUAUCCGCACUCGACAUACUUCUUCCAUCUCAGCCCGCACGCCCUCAUCAUGAACCCGUCCAAAUCUCUCAAGUCCCAUCUGCUUGACAAGACCCGUCUCGAGUCGCUGAUGCUCAAGGAUCUCCCCGUGGUGCCGCCGGAUAGCAUCAUCAGGACAUUCUCGCAUCUCAAAGCAAAUGACGUUGACCUUAUCAUAACCCAGGAUAACGAGGAUAUCAGCCCCGGCAGCUUUGUGCUCCGCCAGGGCGACUUCGCGCGCUUCUUCCUGGAUCUCUGGUUUGAUCCGCUGUAUAGGAGUUAUAUGUUUGCGAAGGCGGAGACGCAUGGUUUGGUAUGUCCCUUAUCUUCUGCUUCGUGUUGUAUCUGCGCUGACGGGUUAUGCUCCUUUUCUCGACAGGAUCAUAUUGUCCAGUGGCAUCCUACCAUCCUCGCACGCCUCGCGAUGGUCCCCCAGCGCAUCCUGAAUUCAUAUAGCAAAGACUCGCCGUCCGCUGGAGUGGAUGGCACAUAUCAAGACGGCGACUUUGUGAUCCGGUUCCAUCUAUGUGAGACCACGCAAGGCCGCGACUGCGAAGCUGAGAUUGAGCCUUAUUAUAAACUGUGGCAGAAGAAGGCGAAGAGCGAAUAG